CCGCCAGCCCCACUGUACCCCAGCCCUGCACUCACAGGAAAGCCCAACCAGAACUCAUGCUGGAGGAGAAAGAUCUAGGUUAAACGGCUGCUUGUCCUGUGGCUGGAUGGGAGGGGGAAAGGGAUCAUGGGAAGUCAGAGAAGAGGAAUCAAAAGAAGAUGAAGUCUGGAACAUGGCAGUGCCUUUUCCAUACUGACACAGUUUAGUCAAAGUGGCACCUCUCUGAGCUUUGGGCAGCUGAGUGAAUCCUGUUUUCCUGCAGAGAUUUUCUGUAUUUGAGUUUGCUGUGGAUUAAGACAAUCAGCUGGAAGUGGAGCAGAGGAACUAAAUUCCCGAUGGAUAGUGGCUAGCCAUCCGUGGCCAAAGACCAGGACCUGACCCCAGGGCAGCCCAAAAGAGCCACUGGCCACAGAAAUUGGAGCUUGUGGUUUAGCGAUGGACAGCUGGACUCUCCAAGGGGACAGUUACUCCUUUUUGCGCAGUGCACCGCGCACCUUUUCCCUCUGUCACCGCGACGGUACUCCUAACCACGUGGAGAUCUUUGACAUAAUUAACACGCCCAGCCAGCGCAGUGCCAUUUCUGAGACCACCUGCCUGUGUGACAUUUUUGGAGACGACUGUGAAGCUUCACUUUCAAGCAGUCCCGCUUCAGCAGCUUUUAUCCCACAGCAGACAGAGGUGGAGGGACGUGCAGUGACCUCACCCUCAGUGGAUGAUAAUAACGACUCCUCGGGUUCUUAUCAUACAGCCCAUAGCUCCAUUGAAGGAGAGGAGGGGCUUGAGGACACGAAUGAGAAGCAGAACUGUGUUCCAUUACAAAGUUUAACAGAAGAACAAACACCUCCUGAAUUUUCUGGAACAACUAACAGGGCACAUUGCAGGGCGAGUCCAGACCUCACAACAGUUUGUGACGGGAUUUUGCCCGAGAACAAAACCCCUCAAACUCACAGCCCAGAGGGAAGUUGUCACUCUUUAUCUUCAUCUUUAGUUGAUAUUACAUACACACCUUCACCCUCAAGUUCAAGAAAGGGUAUCUCUGAAACAGAAAGCAGGAGAACUACUCCUGCCUCUAAGGACAGACAUAGCAGCUUGUCACAGCACACCCCCACUCCUGAGUUAGAAAACUGUGUCAGCUCCUCUGCAUCUGUUACCACACAACCUGAAGUCUGGGAACUAUCUUCAGAACCAGGGCACAUCUGUAACCACAACUUUACAAAGCUGCCACCAGACAAUGUUAUUACUCCAUUAAACUUUCAACCUAAAGUUAUUGUAUCAUCAACUGACAUUCUGUUGUCUCCACGGCCAGCGCUAAGAGGCAGAAUCUCAGUGCAUGAUCUAUUCAGCAGAGGCUCCACACCAGAUUUAGAUGACCAUCCUCAAACUCAUGAACCUAUUCCAAGUCCUAUAAAUGUCAAAGAAGACAUAACUGUUUCUGUUGAGCCAGAUACAAAUGACACAGAGUCUACACCUGACCUACAAUAUACGUCUCCCUCACCUGUGAACUCACCCACACCAUCACCUGAGCCAGGGAGCAUUUCAUCUGAAAUAAUAAGACUAAACAGUCCAUCCCCUUCACCAAGCCGACUCAGCCCCACCUCACCCCACAGUCCUGCAACCAGAUCUCCCACCGCUGCACUUUCCCCUCAACAAAAGUACAUUUACACUCCACCGCCAAGUAGAAGCUCACUGUAUUCACCGGUACUAACCCAUUUGUCCCCAUCUCCUGUGUAUUCACCUAUAGUUUGUAUAGAUAAAGCUUCAUCUCCUGAAAUCAGAAUUACAGCUUCUUCACCUGAACUGGAAAAUGAGCUUAAGAGCCCUGUUUUUGAGCCUCAAUUAGACUCACCUGUAGUCCAGUCUCCUGUACCCCCUCACAUCACAAACGUCUCACCUGUAGUCCAGUCUCCUACACCGUCUCGUAUCACAAACAUCUCACCUGUCGACCAGUCUCCUACACCCUCCCACAUCACAAACGUCUCACCUGUAAUCCAGUCUCCUACACCCCAUCACAUUACAAACAUCUCACCUGUAGUUCAGUCUCUUACACCGUCUCCCAUCACAAACAUCUCACCUGUAGCCCAGUCUCCUACACCAUCUCCCAUCACAAACAUCUCACCUGUAGCUCAGUCUCCUACACCAUCUCCCAUCACAAACAUCUCACCUGUAGCUCAGUCUCCUACACCCCGUCACAUUACAAACAUCUCACCUGUAGUCCAGUCUCCUACACCAUCUCCCACCACAAACAUCUCACCUGUAGCUCAGUCUCCUACACCCCGUCACAUUACAAACAUCUCACCUGUAGUCCAGUCUCCUACACCCCGUCACAUUACAAACAUCUCACCUGUAGUCCAGUCUCCUACACCCCGUCACAUUACAAACAUCUCACCUGUAGUCCAGUCUCUUACACCGUCUCCCAUCACAAACAUCUCACCUGUAGUCCAGUCUCUUACACCGUCUCCCAUCACAAACAUCUCACCUGUAGUCCAGUCUCUUACACCGUCUCCCAUCACAAACAUCUCACCUGUAGUCCAGUCUCUUACACCGUCUCCCAUCACAAACAUCUCACCUGUAGUCCAGUCUCUUACACCGUCUCCCAUCACAAACAUCUCACCUGUAGUCCAGUCUCUUACACCGUCUCCCAUCACAAACAUCUCACCUGUAGUCCAGUCUCCUACACCCUGUCACAUUACAAACAUCACAAACAUAGUCCAGCCUCCUGCAUCCCCUCACAUCACAAACAUAUCUUACUCCAUUGUUCAACCUGAAGACCAGCCCUCUCCUGCUUUUUCAGAAGAACCUUGUCUUUCUGAAUCACCCAUACCAAGAGAUUUUAGUCCAAGCAGAUACUCUUCUCACAGUUCACUUGUGUUUGACCUGCAGUCACAGCAGCAGUCUGAGGACACACAUAAAACACCAUCCCCAAAAAUAAGAAAUCACAGCCCUUUGUCCUCACAUUGUCAAAGUCUCUCACCUCACUACAAAUGUGAUAUAUCUCAAGCUGCUGAGCCACUAUUAUCUGAAACACUAUCUGAAGAUAAGUUUGACUGUUGUACUUUUAAAGACACUGUGGAACAACAAAACCUUCAUUCUUCAAUUGACGUAGCAGAAACUGAAGAGUCUGCACAGCCAGCAUCCCCAUAUAAACUGCACAGUGAAGACUCUAAUUCAGUGUGUGUUUUGCCUGUGUCUCCAAGUUAUUCUCCUCCACCAGUGUGUUUGUCCGAAUCAGCAGCCAGAGUGACAACAAGUGAAGUACAGUCAGCGGUUGAGUUAGGUUCAAAUUUAUAUGCUGAGAAACAAGAUACAGAUCGUUGUUAUAUUGAGGGGAAAGGUUGUUUUAAAAAAUCUCCUACUGUGGUGAACUAUCCUAUAACUGAUCCUGUAUUACCUGUGCCCAAGGAAAAUACAACUUUGCCAGUUAAAAAAAGAGAAAACCCACAGCCUCAAUUUAUUAAUUACUCUCAAAGCAACCGCACAUUCAAUACAAAUCUGACUCCAAAGCCUUUCAGAAGGCAACUGUCUGGAACAGUUGGAGCUGAAAACAAAAGUACUUUAAGAGAGAACAUGGCCAGCCAUGUAAAGAAGAGGAGGACACCUUCUCCUCCACUUACCAGAUUUACACCUGUCCACAUCAUUGCCCCUGAAAAGCCUUACAGACAGUGGCAAACCAGAGGCCGGAGCCCUCCUCAAGUUAAAACAUCGUUACCCAGUGCUAAUCUAAAGAAAGUGGUGACAAAUACGGAAAUCCCCCAUCAUGACCUUGUUAAUAAUAGCCAAGAAGACUGGUUUAGGAAGAGGAGGCCACAAGAGAUGGAAAGGGGACUGCGGCUGCAGGAGAGUGCAAUAGAUCAGGAGCAACAGGAUUGUGGGAAGUACAGAGAGGGAAAGAGGGAGGAGCAAAUCCCAGAAAAGGGGGAGGGAUGGCAUGGGGAUGCCAGUUACAGAGAGGAACAGGUUGAGCUGUCAUUCAAUGCCAAGAAUAGAAAGGGCCCUGUGAGUCGCAACACUGCUCCCACAGGGAGAGAUAGUCGUCCUGGUCUGCCAACAGUGCAUUCCUCCUCAGAAAGCCAGCUCACCAGACAGCCAAAGCAACAACAGACCACGCACAGGCUUUCUUCCCAACCUGACACUAGGAGUGGAAGACUUGGAAGGCGGCUUCAGCCCCCCAUAACUCAGCACAGGAGCGCUUCUUCUGGACGCGUUGCCACAAAUAAGCCUGGGAGGAGUUCGAGCUCCAGCAUGGGAAGUGAGCUCGAUGAGGCAGACCAUGAAGUUAAAUGGUUUUCGGAUGUGGCAUUCAGCAGCCUCUCGAGCCCUGAGGUAGACUAUCUGGACAUGUACAACUCAAGCCAUCGCUCUUCUACCAAUGCUUCUCAACCAUCUACCCAGGACAGUCCAGCUGGGGUCAGUACACCUUGGUUGUCUUAUGCUGACUUUAGAGGCUCAGCCCAAAUGUUGGACAAUGAUGAAUUUGCUCUCCAACAAUCAUCUACCUACUAUUCAGAUGGACUGGAUCCUUCCAGAUGCUAUGAGUUGGGAAGCUUUGAGUGUGUUGAUGUGGCUGUGGAAAAAGAGGACUCUAGGAGGGUCAGAAGAGGAGUACCUAAAAGACAGAUUCAGCUAAAGAGGAGGGACACCACUGAAUCAAAAGAUGAGAGCAGUGAGAACAGUAGUCCUGGCAUCCCACUGAUGGAUAACCUUUCUCAAGACACUCAUCAGAGAGAGACUUUACUAAGACAGCACUCUACCCCAGCAUCCUCACUGGAUCCAGAGCCGUAUGAAGAGAAUCCAGCUCUUGACAAACACCAAAAUGUAACAAAAUCUAAACUUCAAAAAUCUCCUUCAUUUGAUGAGUCAUGUUCCAAGACUAAAAUUGCCACUUGUCUCAUUAAGAGUGUCUUGACUAAAAAGAUGCAGAGUGAUGAGCUGACUGGAGAAGAAGAACCUUGUGAUGUGGACGAAAGCAUCUCAACUACAAAAACCUCAAAGUCUCCCAAACCUGAUAUGCAACUGUUGAGUUCCAGUCUUCAGUCAGACUCUAGCAUCUUAUCUGAUACCUUUGGAGGCAGAAGUGACACAAAUGUAAAAGACGAGGUUGGGAGACAGAAAAACCUAAGAGGAAAAUUAAGUCAUAGACCGAGUUCAACCAAUAGUAACAGAAGCGUAACAUUUUCAAUAGCUGACAGCGAAGAGGCCGAAGCUGAGACCAGAUCUGCAAUUUUACAAUCAGAACCCAAAGCGACGUCCUCUAAAGAAGUUUCUGAUAACAAUCAAAGGUGGAAGGAGACAGAGCAUGAUGACUCAACAAAUAGCACUGCCGGGAACUCAGGUCCUGCCACUGAAGCCGGAGCCUCAUCUACUGGACAUGCCGCGAUGACAAAUAGAGAACAGGAAUGUGAAAACACACAGGCCCAUAAACAGGCGCAGGAGGGUGUCCAUGCCUCAUACAAGCCAAAAAGCCCCAACAGCCUUUCCAUAUUAUUAUCAGAAAAGAAAAAAGCCUCCCUCAAUGUCUGCCUUACACCUGAAACUGAAAACAAAUCUUUCAUUUCAGAUGAGAAAGUGGAAUCCUGUGUUAACGAUAAAAUAGAAGACCAAAUGGAUGAGAAAAUGAAGGGGCCUAUACACAAAGUUCGAGACGUGAGGCGUCUUGUAAAAAACACUUACAAUCUCUCGUUCAAAGCAACCAGCGCUGCUCCUUCAGAUGACACCAAUUCUACCAAGGAACAAACUGAAAAGGAAAACACUGGGGAGGUCGCACAACUGGAGGGUCAGGAGUCGCAAGAUGUGAAGCAUAAAGAAACGUCAGAGUUAAACGAGGAAAGUAAAGAAAGUAAUAGCAUUAAAACAAAAGAUGAAAAAAAUUGUCAGCACAAACAACCGACACCUCAGUCACAACCAAUGCAAAUAGAAUACAAGGCUGUGUGCUGGAAAGAAGAUAAAAGUAAAACUGCCACUGAUACACAGCCUAUUACUGAGACACAGUUACACCAUGUAAACGAGGCAAAACAUGAAGAUGCUACAAGUUUUGAUGUUCAGAGUAAGGGUAAAGUAAGUGCAGUUGCUGAAAAACAGCACAUAUUGACACACCAGCAUGUGGAUAGACCGAUGCUUGGCUCUCUCCCCAAAAUGCCAAGUAAAGAAAGAGAAGUGUCAACUGCUAUUGUGUUAAUACGAGACAACAGCAGAACUAAGAGGUCUGCUUCUCCAUCUCACGAGGAGUUUCCAAGCACUGUCCCAGCUUCAUCGCCUGGGCUCUCGGGUACUCCUGGAGGCAGCGGACACUCAGUUUCAAUGUUACUGAAAGAGAAAGGUUAUCACGCUGAUAUUGGGGCAGUUGUGGGAGAAGGGCAGAAUGCAGGUAGCAGUAAAAGUGCGCCAUCUAAACAUGUGAACUGCUUAGAGAUUCCACUUCAGACUUCAACAGAGUCUCACAGAGAAAGAACAUUCUCCUCUUCAUCCGCUGCAUCUGGAUCUCCAGCAAUGCCAAGCAACACUGAAACCAAAACAGUAGAAACUGAGAGUACUUCUGCCAAACUGGAUUCAACUAAUAAAGUACACCAUUUGCCACCAAAAUCUGCCGCAGAGCCAUCUCCUGCCAACAAACAAGGAGCAUUUGGAGACUUUGAAGCUGUGAAAAGAUCUGAUCCAACAUUUCCUCCAAGAUCUCCUGCAGUACGGAGAUUCAAACCUCAGCCGAUAGAAGUUAAGUCCACAUCCAAAGAAACAAACAAACAAGACACAACUACAAGUACCUUAGGAAAUAGUAGACCUCAAGCCAUUGAAGUUAAAUCAGUUGCUAAAAAUUCUCAGAAGCCAAUUGUUCCGCCUAAACCAAACUGCAAGUUUAAACCUCUAGAUUUAGGAGCAAUGCCAAGUGAAACUCAGAGACUGCCCCCUAUGUCUUCAAAAACUCACACAGAAGAUAGAUCACAAACAAUUGUUGUGUCUUCACCAACAAUUUAUAGGAAAAUUCCCAAUGAUUCCACUUCAAAUUAUACAAGAAAGGUGGCUGUGUCUUCAGUGUCAAGCCUUAAACCUCCACCAAACAAACCAACAGCUCCCUCUAAUGUCUCAGUUCAGCCUCCACCAUCAGAGGCCGACACAGAGGCAGACAGGCAGCAGCGGUCAGGGCCGCCCUCACAGAACUCCAGAUACACACAAAGGCAUCCCACUUCUGCCACAGCCACUGGUCCUACCAUUUCCUCAUCUGCACUUUCUGAUGUAACAGGACACCAACCCCAAGCACCUGCCCAGACAGGAGCCAUCCAGACCAGCCAAACAGCUGUUAUGGAUUCAAACAACCAACGGCCACAUCCUAGAAUGCCAUAUCCUCAUGAACCAGCAACAAUGGACCCUUCAGAUAAUGCACAACCUGCUCCUGUUUCCACAGCACAAGGCCCUGGAUACAUCCGGCAGACGUAUCGCAGAUCAUUCUCAAACGAGUGCUCCCAAAAAAGGAAUGACCUGCACUUUUAUGCCUCUGAUGACCCGCCAAGCUAUGAUGAUAGAGAGAGCUUCAGUCCUCUUAGGUUGCCAGAUUUGCCUCCAAGAUCAAGCCGCUAUCAGCCCUCGUCCCGCCCUCCUCCGUGCUCCUGCACAGCUGGCUGUCCCUCGCACCCGCACCCUCACAACAGCCCACACAAUCUUACCCCACCUGCCCCGACACACUCUCCAGGGCAUUACCCAGUCGCUCAGCCUGCCCUUCGGCCUCACCACUGUAGACCUGACCCUCAACCAGUGGCAUACCAGCCUAGCUCUCCCAAAGCUAGCCCCCUUGGCCCUGGCCCACCACAAGGACUGUACCAGCCUCUGCACCAGCCUCCUGCAUGCCCUCCUCACCCAUCACUUAUGCAUGCUUACUCAGCUGAGCGGCCCCUACCACCAGCCCAACAUAUGGACCCCCGUAGACCCCCAGUGCACCGCUCUCCUCAGCAGUCAGCAGCAGUGAUGCCUGGGGCUCCGUACCCAGAUCCUGCCCACAGCCACUCUCCAGGUCUCUCUCACAUGGACCCACAUUAUCUGUGUGCUCCUCAGACUCUGGGGCCUUCGUAUGGCUCAGACUACGGAGGUGACAGCUCAAGUUUGUACUCCGAGAGCAACUACGGACAAACGCCUCGACGCGUGCUGAUGGAUCCAGAAACAGGGAAGUAUUUCUACAUCGAGGUCCCUGUUCAGCCCCUGAGGAAAAUGCUGUUUGACCCUGAGACGGGUCAGUAUGUGGAAGUGCUCAUCCCUCAACAGGCCAUGUCCCACUCAGGCUUAUAUCCCCCUUCAGCACCUAAUUACCCCCCUCUCCACAACACUAACAUGUAUGCACCAGCUCCCCAGUACAUGCCUUAUGCAGCCCCUCCAGCCCAGCCUCAACCACCCCGUUACCCUGAGCCUUCUGCUGUACCCCCCAUGCACCCACACGGGCCUGGGGUGGGUUAUAGAAAUGCUCCUGGUCAGGGACCCAAAUCUGAGACCCAGGGUCAUCCACCAGUGGAUCCCAACUACCUGGAGAGCAUGUACUAUGUGCCCACGGGAAUGAAUGCAAGCCCCAAUCCCACCCCUCCCGAUUACUACCACAAACACCCCUCUAACCUUCCCCCUACUGGGGGGAAACGCUCUUGAAAUAGAGGCCGCCCUUCUGGAGCCUCCAGAGUUUAAAAUACACAGGGCAUAGAGGGGACUGUCUAAUGUUAGCUUGCUGUUAUUUGAGUUUUCUUAUUGCUAACGAGGACACCAAUAUUUGGAGUUUCAUUUUGGUGCUGCUUUUUUGAUAUGCUGCUUGGAGAAAUCCUAUUUUGUGCUGAUGGUUAAAAAAUGUAACAAGAUUUUCUAUGAAGCAUCUUUAAAUAAUACAAGACUUUUUCACCAUGAUUACAGUUUCUGGUACUGCACAGCACUGUUAAUAUUUGUUCAUCUGAUCUUCAAAAACUUGAAAACACUAUUGAUUGUCAUAUUUAUUUUAUUACUGUCAGAUGAGUGACACCUGAUGUUUGCAACAAAAUUAUAA